CCUGCCCCGGCCCCUGCCCCGGCCCCAGGCCCCUGGUCCCUGGUCCCAGGCCCCCGGUCCCUGGCCCGGCUCAGCCCAGCAGGACGGGAACGGAGGCGUCGAGGUAGUUCCCGCACCGGAAAAUGUGGAAUCCCAACCCAGGCCAGCCAGGGACCUAUCCCCAAGGCGGGGCGGCCUACCCCCCAAACCCUGGGUACCCCAACCCCUCCCAGCCCCCGCCCAUGAACCCCGCCUUCCCCCCCGGCGUCUACCCCCCUCCCCCGGCCGCCGGGAACCCCGUCUACCCUCCCGGAGCGCCCCCGUACCCAGGGCAACAGCCGGGACCCUACCCCGCCCCGGGCCCUUACCCGCCCCCCUACCCCCCUCCCGCCCCGGGCGUGCCCGGCUUCAACCCCCUGAUGCCCGGGAUGACGGGGCCGCCCGUGGCGAUGGACAAGAAGAUGCGGAAGAAGAUGAAAAAGGAGCACAAGAAGGCUCACAAGCAACACGGACACCAUAAGCACGGAAAGCAUUCCUCCUCAUCCUCCAGCAGCGACUCCGACUGAGGCCGGGCCUGCCGCCCCCCCCCCCCCCCCCCCCCCC